AUGGCCUUAUCACGAUUAAUUGCCUCGCCUGAAAGAUCUCAGCCUUGGGAAUUCCUCGCUCAUCAUGUACGGCAAGGCUCUCACAAUUCACUCUCUAAUCCAUCUUCCUUACAACCCUUACCGGAUGAGCAGUUUCUGCCUGUCAAUCAACGUCAUAACGAAUUUAGCGAGAGUCAGCAGACUGCAGUUGGAGACUGGUACUAUGGGGGAGAUCAAAGUCAGUUAUCGCAAGCUGUGGACGAUACAUUUGUCACCGCCCCCAGCUCGCAGUUACCGCAAAGUCAAUUAUGGGAGGGUCCGUGGGAUGAAAGCCAACGAGAAGUGAUGCUGCAGGUAAUUCCAGAGAAAGGAGAUCAGAGUCAGCUCCGCGAGUGGUAA